CUAAACAGGUUAUAAUGUCUGUUAGUAACCAACUUGGGCGGCUAUUGACUUGAGAGGCAUCUUUUAUAAACAACACAUGAUAUAAAGCCGAAGAAGCAAAAAAGAUUUGUGUGCUUCACCUCCAACUUUCCUGAAGAAACCAUAUCAAUCCCAUCUGUCACCUUUGUCUCUUUCCCAACACACACAAACACAUCUUCCAACUUUAGAUUCUUGAAUCCACCUUUGCAUAUCUUUCUAUAUUCAUCUUCAUUGGUUUCCUCAACUGAAACUCGAUUCAAUUCAACUCAUCGAAAUGCUCAAAUUCAAGACCAUCAAGAAGAAAAUGUGGAUGUUUUCUCAAUAAGAUCCUCUUUAUAAUCAAACCAUCUUGUCUUUUACCAACUAAUGGGAGAAAAUAUGAACACAAACUCAAAACUAGAAUCAGAAUCAAAGUCAUCUGCUUCUCUCUUGAUUGUUAAACUCAUUAGAUUUAUGGUUUCUUUUUAUUUUGCACCCACCAUCCGUCCGCCCGGUCUCGACCCUUAGAACAUUGAUCACCAUCUUUCUGUUGCUUAACUUUUCUGUAUUGCUCACACACAUACACACACACAUACACUUAGUACAAGAAUAUAUAUAUAUAUAUAGUUGUAACUUGUAAAGGGUAUUUGCAAGGAUGGAUUUUUAUAACUGGAAUCAUGAGUUUUCAGGCUUGGGAUCCAUGUGGGAUGAUGGAUCAUUGAUGGACUUAGGUGGGUUUAGUGGGGAUUGUGGAAAUGAUGAUGGGUUGUUAAUGAAAUCUUCUCAGUCUUUGGUGUUGGAUGAUGAGAAAGGAGAGCUUGUAAAGGCUCAAAGUAAAGUGGGUGGGAAGAGAAGUGGAUUAUUGUCUGAUGAGAAAGCUUUGGCUGCUUUAAAGAGUCAUAGUGAGGCUGAAAGAAGGAGAAGAGAAAGGAUUAAUGCUCAUCUUGACACCCUUCGCGGUCUUGUACCCUGCACCGAUAAGAUGGAUAAAGCCACAUUACUCGCUGAAGUUAUCCGCCAAGUAAAACAACUUCAAAUAAAUGCAACCCAAGCCAGUUCAGGUUUACUCAUGCCAAAAGACGUCGAUGAAGUCAAGAUUGAAAAAUCUGACAACGCUGCAGUCAACGGUGGUUUGACUUUCCACGCAUCUGUCUCUUGCAAGCACCGGCCGGAGCUCCUCACCGAUAUAAAACGAGCUCUUGUUGAACUCAAAGUGAACAUUGAGAGAGCAGAACUGUCAACUCUUGGAGACCAUAUGAAGAUUAUUUUCGAUUUCACUGCGGAUGAAAAUCUACUUAGAUCGGUUCGUGAAGCGCUUACUUCUGUUAUAGAAAAAGGGUCAAUAUCACUUGAUUACUCCCCAAGAACAAUGCUUCCUAACAAGAGGAGGAGGUACUGUCUUUGACCCAAGUUUGACUUUAGUUUCACAUGCUUUUUCAAUGGUGAAUAUUGAAGUUUGUAUAAAGUUUUCUAUGUUUGUGGUCUUAAAACUGAAUAAGGUUACAUAAUGUAUUGAUCAAGAAUGUCAAUGUAGGAGUCUUUAUUGUUUGCAAGAGGUUUCAUGAUGUUUAUUUGAGUGUAUCUUGUAUAUGUAAAUCUAUGGAGAGACUAAUAUUAAGAUGCUUCUACUAGAUGUUGUCCUC